AAUACUAUAGAUAUACCUAUUACCUACAUUGAAAAAAAAUCCUCUAUUAGAUAUUCAUGUUUCUGCUUUCUAUUUAUUGUUAAUUCAAGAAUAUAAUGAAGAAACCUGAAGUAAGCAAGAGUAGCACGGAAAGUAGUUCUGGGUCCAGCUCUGGUUCCAGUAGCAGCGGAUCUAGCUCCACCAGUUCAGGAUCAGGUUCCAGCAGUUCAGAUUCAGAAUCCUCUACAUCAGAUAUUCAACCAAAAACCGAACCAAAAUCACCAAAACAAGGUCCUUCCAGUGAACCAAAGAAGGAGAAAGAAUGCAAGCCAACAAAAGCAGCCAAAUCUAAAAACAAAUCCUCAAGUGAAGUAGACAGGUCAAAAGUACCCAGUCCCAAACCAAUGCCGCAAAAACAAAGAGGUGGAGCAAAAAAGAAAAAUGCAGCUAGCGUAUUAGCUAAGAAAAAACCAACAGCAAAAGCUGCAGGGGCCAAAUCUGGAACGGCAAAAGCUCCAAACCGAAUAAUCAAAAGUGAAAGCUUGUCCAAGAAGAAGAGUAUAUUUUCACCUGAAAAUAGCUCGGAUUCUGAACCAGAGAGCAAAAAUAAAGCUAAAACUGGAUCUAAGGCACCAACCAAGGCCAAAAAAACACAAAAGAAACAAACUGAAGAAAAAAAUGUUUCACCUUCAAAAACCAUUGAAAAACCAUGUUCAAGCUCUAAAGAUAAUGAGGUUAGUGGCAAGAAAAAAACAAAUAAGUCAAACACACCUCAAAAGCUUGCAAAGAAAGUGCCAGAGAACAAAAAUCCACAAUUGUGUACGUCAUGUCCGUCAUCUGGAGAUUCUGGAUCAUCAGAAAGUGAGAAAGAGAUAGAAAAGAAAAAAGAUUCAGCUAUAGCCAAGCCUCCUAAGCAAGACGCCCAAAAACCUAGCACAAGCCGCGAAGCAGCUGAAACAGUUGGUACUGUGCCGAGGAAGUUAACGCGUUCGAAAACCGCUCGGGCCUCACGAAUGGCAAAGCUCAAUCCGUCAGAUUCUGACACCGAAUCUGAUGCUGAAGGAAAAAGCACAGGAAAGAGUAAAGAAGAUAAAAAGCCAACCAAAGCCCGAGUGGCCCUGGUUAAGUCUCCAGUCAUCCCAUCUCAACCAACAGUUCCCUCUGAGAGAAAGUGUCCAGUUAGAGGAUGUGACUCUACUGGACAUUUAGGCGGAGUAGCGGAUAGACACUUUACCUACGACGCUUGCCCCGUCUACCAUAACGUAACCGGCCCCUGGUGCGUAGCUGCGGCAGAAGAACGUAGUGCUGCAGCCACUAUUGGGAAAAAAGCUAAGGCUUCGAUGACUCACCGACCACGAGCUAUGCCCACAAUCGAUCAGCGUGCCUAUCAGCUCAAAAUCAAGGAUUUGCGAAGCAAAUGGAAAGGCAAUGACCAAAGAGCAAAGUCGAAUAAUGAAGACUACAAUGAAGAAAGGGAGCCGGUCCUCGAUGGAUUUGCGCCGGAUUACGAUCUCAGGCUAUUCCGGGAUGCACAGGCGCUGGCUGCUGUGAAAAAGGAGGAGGGAUUGGACGAUAUACCAACGGAUAAAGGGACUAGAUAUGUGGUGAUGGGCAAAUAUAUGAUGGAGGUCCUAUACCAAUCUCCAUAUCCAGGAGCCGCGGCGAGGGUGCCGCGACUUUUCGUAUGCGAGUUUUGUUUGAAGCACCAGGCUUGCGAGACCGGCGCAAAUCGACACAGAGCUAAGUGCGUCUGGCGACACCCUCCGGGGGAUGAGAUUUACAGAAAAGAUUCGCUUAGCGUAUGGGAAGUGGAUGGUCGCAAGCAAAAGCAGUAUUGCCAGCAACUGUGCCUGCUCGCAAAAUUCUUUCUCGACCAUAAAACACUGUACUAUGAUGUUGAACCAUUCCUCUUCUAUGUGAUGACUACGGCUGAUGGAGAGGGUUGCCAUAUCAUCGGAUACUUCAGUAAGCUAGCGGAAAAGAAUUCUUUCCUGAACUACAACGUCUCGUGUAUACUAACAUUGCCUCCCUAUCAAAGGCAAGGUUAUGGGCGACUGCUCAUUGAUUUUAGCUACCUUCUAACGAAAGAAGAAGGCAAAGUUGGUUCACCGGAAACCCCUCUAUCGGACCUGGGUCUCAUCUCUUACCGGUCCUACUGGAGGGAGGUGAUCCUCAACCAGCUGUGUAUUGCCGAGGGACCUGCUCUUAGCAUACGGGACUUGAGCAAGAAUUUGGGCAUAGCGUCUUCGGAUAUUGUGUCCACUUUGCAAGAAAGAGGACUUAUGAAGUAUUGGAAAGGGAAACAUAUUGUCUUGUCCAAGGAGGAGGUACUCAAAGAAGCCUAUCUGCGUGCAGCCGGUGCACGUUCCGUGGACCCCUCCUGCCUCCGAUGGUGGGGCCGACCGGCGCCGCGCUGACCCCGCGCUCGGCGUACGCGCACGCGCCGAGAGCGAGAAUCGCGAGAGCCGGGCCAGGAUCGCUCACAGCCGGGCUAAAGGAUAGCUCAGUGUACGUCGGCACGAGGCAGUAGUUUAAAGGAACCAAAAUUGCGAAUUGUAUCAAUACUCCAAAGGUUAUUACUGCCAAUUUCAUCUAGUGCCAAUGAGAAAGAUGCGGAUGGACCAUCUGUUGAAGUAUUAGAAUAACAAUUUCUUGAUGUUAAUCUAUGUAUGGUAAUCGAAUCUCAAUGUUAUGAGGGAUAUUGUAGGUACAGUUGCGUGCAUUAAAAUUAAUGGAUUAAGACUUAACUUCGUAUUAAGCCUUUUCGCCAAUCUUUUGAACAACUGAGCCUGUUAAAAUUAAUAGAAAACUCACGUGAUGUCGCGACUGUACUCCUGAAUAGAUGUUCUUGUAAUUUCUGAGCGUACGCGCUCUUUACAAUUAAAUUGGUGUUGUCAACUAAAGUUAUAAAAUCUAUAUAAUCUGGUUUAUAUAAUCCUUUGAUGUAUUACCGUUAAUAUAGAUGUUAAAUUUGAAAAAUCCUGUACUACAUUUUUGAUGUCUUAAUAAAGAGUAAUUCUGAA